GGUGCUCAGGAGAUUAAGAACUUGCCAAGAAGUAUCAGAGUUCUAAGUGGAGAAGAAAAAGAAGUGCAGACGAUGAAACGUAUCACUUUUCUCCGUAUUUCGAACAGCAGCACAUGGAAAAAUUUUCUAGUGUUCAGCCCGAUAGUACUAUUCUUCAUAGCACUUCUGUUUUGUCUCCUGAAUAGCGCUUUUGUAAUUCCUUCAAAAAAUUUAGUUUUUCAUAGACAGAAAACAAAGUUUCCAGUUGCUAUGGAGCACAAUCAGAGAAAAGAUAUUUUUCCUUUAGUCAAAGAAUACCAUCUUGAUCCCACUGUUAAAAAGUUCUACAACGAAGAGGCUAGAAUUAUUGGAUUUUCUUCAGAAAGUAUUCAUGCUUUUGAAUUUUCUAAAGAACUGCCGAAAUUGAUAUAUUUGGCAACUUCCUAUUUCAGUGAAUUUAAUCCUAGACAUUAUUAUUUUCUGCAUUUGGGAAAUGUCACCUUUUUGCGCUAUUCUUGUCCAGUCAGCAGCUGUUAUGUUUCCAGAGAUCCUGCAGAUAUAGGCAAAGCAGAUGCUGUCCUUUUCCAUCUCCGUGAUCUAGAAGUCUACAGCAUUCCAUCAGUCCGACUGCCCGAACAAAUAUGGAUUCUGUAUUCCAUGGAGCCUCCUUGGCUAGAGGUGAGAGAUCUGAAAAGAUUUGAUGGAGUAUUCAACUGGACAAUGAGCUACAGGAGAGGUUCCGAUAUCCUUGUUAAGUAUGGUUUUAUUGGUAGAAGACCAUCUUUAAAAGAAACAUACUUUGAACGCCGUAUUGAUACAUUGCAGAGGAAGCAGAACAAGGCCGUGUGGUUCGUCAGUGAUUGUAGAACAGAUAGCAACAGAGAAGGAUAUGUCGAUCGUUUAAAAGAAAUAUAUCCUGUGGACGUAAUUGGUGGAUGUGGAAUUGAGCACUGUAGACCUGCUCAAAAGCAAAAAUGCUAUCUAGAUAUGGCAGGGCGGUAUAAAUUUUACUUAGCUUUCGAAAAUGCUCUGUGUCGAGACUAUGUCACUGAAAAACUCUUCAACUCCUUAGAAUAUGAUGUAAUUCCUAUCACAUUCGGUGGUGUAAACUAUUCUCAAAUCGUGCCAGAAAAUUCUACAAUUAAUGCUAUGGAAUUUGACACUCCAGAAGCACUAGGGAAAUUUUUGUGGGAAAUAUCGAAGAAUCAUACGCGAUAUUUAUCAUAUUUCACUUGGAAGAAUACGUAUCGGUCCUAUCUUCAACCGUGGAUGUGUAAUUUGUGUGAAAAAUUGCAUGAACCUGUUACUCCUGCUACAGUUAAUGGUCUCAAUGAUUGGUGGAAUGAAGGCCAUUCUUGUUUAAGGUGGACAGAUACGGGUUUAAAACCAGUGGAGAAAUAUGCAUUUCCUGCGUACCAUACGAAACUAUUUUCUUAAAAUAUAGUACUUUUCUAAGCAAUACCUGUUUUAUUCACAUUCUUUCAGGCAGUAAAUGAAAAUGCAUUCAUUGGU